GACAUCGCACUAUCAAUCACACUCGCUAUAUUAUCAUCAUUUUUUGAGGGUAAAUGGUGUUUGAUUGCUCUGGGUAUUACAGCUGUUAUUGCUUUCUUAAUUGGAGUUGCUGCGAUCAAAAUAACAACGAGAAAAUCACUCAAGAAGAUUGUGCUUUACAUUACUGGUGGAGUGUUACUCCUCAUCAUCAUAAUUUCUGAUAUUCUUGCUGCACUAGACAUUCAACGAGAG